AUGAUAUUCGGACUACUAUUGCUAUUUAUUUAAAUAAAUGGAUUUUCUGUUACAAAGCAAUAUAGAACUCAGGGCCUCUAAUACAUUGAUUUAGAUUUGGAUUAAUUUGGUCAAACAUCUACUGGAAAAACAACUUUAACUAUAAUUUUAGAAAAUAAAAUUAAAGUUUCGUAUCCCCUUUUGGCUUAUUGCUUUAAUAAUGAUGAGUAAGUUGUCAAAUCUAUUCUAUAAUCCAUAAGUUCAAUCCAAUAGCAUAUAGAAUCAAACAAAAAAUAAUGUGUGUUUGAUAAUAAUGCUUUAUUGUAUUAUCAAAAUACAUAACAACUAGUCAUUACUAAUAACAUUGACGACCAAAAUGAAUGGGUAUACAAUCAAUAUAGUGUUUAUUAAUUAAAUCACCGUAAAAUGAGAUUGUAUGUCUACUCGACGUAAGAAACGACGUAUACAUUGACAAUCAGUUCCUCUGAAAAAGGAGAAUGCUAUAAUUCAUGUAAUAACCGAGGAUAUUGCAGUGAGAAUGCAGUAAAAUUAUGCCAAUGCCAAUUAGGAGUACUAGACAGUACAUGUUAGAUGACUAGCAAUAUUAUAAAUUUCAGAAGUAAAUCUUCAUUCUAAAUGGAGAGACAGACUGAAAAUCUUAUCAUUGUUCCUCUUCCAGAUUCCUCAUCAAAUCUUAUCAUAACUAUUGAUUCACAAUUAGAGAUAAAGCUCUACUAUGGAUGUUCAUACCAAAAACAGUACAUCCCCUUUUAUCAGAGUAACUCAUUCAAUCAAACCAAUAUCUCGAAUGGAAAUCUAAUGAUUAGUGAGAAGGAUCUACAGAAUUGCUUUGAAAAUGCCAAUAAAAUAGAGGAAGCUCUAGAAACUCCAUUAUAAAAAUACUUGAUAAUUUUGUUUGUUAAUGAACAAAUUAUGAAUACUGAAAUAAAACUAACUCUGACCUCAGGGGAUUCCGAAGAAAGUGAUGAUACUUUAGAGAUCGUUUACAUUAUUCUAUGUGUUUUGGGGAGUUUGAUAAUUUUGAUUUUGUUGAUCAUCUGUAUGAUCCAGAAAUAGAGAAAAGGGAAAAGAAUAUUGAUUCUAUAGCCGAGCAAUGAAUAGGCAAAUUAACUCAAACUUAAAAAGUUUAGACAUUCCCUGAGAUAGGAUUAUAUUGCAACUGAAAUUUAUGAUUAAGUGAUUUAGGAAUUUCCAGGACUUCAGGAAUCUUCAGAAUGUUAGAUUUGUCUAUUGCAAUUCAAGAAACAGGACUUGGUUAAAUUGACAUAUUGUUUGCAUUUAUUUCAUCAGUAUUGCUUGGAUGAAUGGCGAAAAAGAACUUAAACUUGUCCUUUUUGUAGAAGCAAUUUGACUUAGGAAAGAUACAUGCAACAGAUAUAGGAUGAAUAGAUUAUUAGGUUAGGAGUGGUGGUUGACGAUGCUAUUCAAAUUGAUCCUUUAAAAUUAUAAGAGUUUUAGCAAAGAGAAUAAAGAAUACGAUAAUUGCAAUGUAAAUGA